AUGGCCUUUCCUCUUGGCCGCUGCCCUGCCCUGGACCCUUCUCCGCUGCCCUGGACCCUUCGCCGCUGCCCUGGACCCUUCGCCGCUGUCCUGCCCUGGACCCUUCGCCGCUGCCCUGCCCUGGACCCUUCACCGCUGCCCUGGACCCUUCGCCGCUGCCCUGCCCUGGACCCUUCACCGCUGCCCUGGACCCUUCACCGCUGCCCUGCUCUGGACCCUUCGCCGCUGCCCUGGACCCUUCGCCGCUGCCCUGCCCUGGACCCUACGCCGCUGCCCUGGACCCUUCGCCGCUGCCCUGGACCCUUCGCCGCUGCCCUGAACCCUUCGCCGCUGCCCUGGACCCUUCGCCGCUGCCCUGAACCCUUCGCCGCUGCCCUGGACCCUUCGCCGCUGCCCUGGACCCUUCGCCGCUGCCCUGGACCCUUCGCCGCUGCCCUGGACCCUUCGCCGCUGCCCUGGACCCUUCGCCGCUGCCCUGAACCCUUCGCCGCUGCCCUGGACCCUUCGCCGCUGCCCUGGACCCUUCGCCGCUGCCCUGGACCCUUCGCCGCUGCCCUGGACCCUUCGCCGCUGCCCUGA